GCGGCGCGCGCCGCGCUGGACGUGUGCGGCGCCGCCGCUCUGGCGGCGAGCGGCGCGCAGGCCCGGCCGGCGCUCGCUGUGGCGGCGAGGCGCGCGCCGGCCGACCUCCUCGAGAGGAUGGUGGAGCUGGGGGCCAACCUGGAGGAGACGGACGCCUACGGCUGGACUCCGCUGUUCCACGCCGUGGCCCACGGCAGUGAGGAGAACCUCGCGCAGCUGCUGGAGCUCGGGGCGAGCGCGUCGGCGACCGACCGGCGCGGCCUCACCGCCCUGGACAUUGCCAUCCGCGCGAAGAGGAGAGACCUGUCAUUGAGGCCUUGCUGCGGUGCGAGGACAUGGAUUGCUCGCAGGAGAGCCUCGACACCGCGCUGGGCAGGGCGGCCAGGAAGGGCUGGUGGUCCCUCGUGGACGCGCUCGCUCUCCGCGGGGCUGACGUGUCGUCGAAGAUCAGGGGCCAGGGGGGCGUGA